CAGGAGAAGGAGAAGGAGGGAGUCACUCCAGCUUUGAACUUGGCUGGAAGACGGCUGGAUUCAGCUUGAAGGGGAACUUUUUAAUGGUUUCUACUGUAGAAGUAAAUGUGAGUCUGCUCGGUGUGUCGGAGGACAGAGAGAUAUGCUGAAUGUCGGACGUGUCAUUAAAGCAGAGGACACGCGUGGAAACCUCCGUCAUGUCGGCGCUGGACAGACCCGCGGCGGAGCUGACCGCCGUGGAUGUGUACGACAUAGCGGCGGUGCUCGGGCAGGAGUUUGAGCGGAUCAUCGACAGGUUCGGCUGCGAGUCUCUAGUCGGUGUGGUGCCCAAAGUGGUGCGGGUGCUGGAGCUGCUGGAGGCCCUGGUGAGCCGCGGAGCCGCCAGACAGGAGGCCGAGGAGCUGCGGAGGGAGCUGGAUAGGCUGAGACAGGAGAGGAGCGACAGGUACAAGCAGGAGAGGAAGCACCAGAAGGAGUUGGAGCUGGUGGAAGAUGUGUGGAGAGGAGAAAUUCAGGACCUGCUCUCUCAAAUCGCUCAACUUCAGGCAGAGAACAAGAAGCUGUUAGUGAGCCUCCCACUCAAAGAGUCCCCCGUCACAGAGGAAGACCUGCAGAAACAGGAAGGAUUCUCAGAGAAGGAGAGGCAGGUGAUGAAGAAGCUGCAAGACUUAGUGGAUAAGCAAAGGGAUGAAAUCCGAGCUAAAGACCAUGAGCUGACACUAAAAAAUGAGGAUGUCGAGGCGCUCCAGAUGCAGCAGCAUCGGCUGAUACGAAUCAAUCAGGACCUUCGGCACAGGAUAGGAGUUACAGAGGCUCAGGGAAAGGCGCUGAUCCAGCAGAGGGCUGAACUGGAAGCUGCAGCACAGGUACAUCAGCAGGAGCUGGGGGCUCUGCAGACAGAGGUCACAAGGCUGAGAAAGGAGCUCCGGGGGUAUGAACUGGAGAGAGAGGUCAUUAACAUAGAAGAAACCUCUCUUAGCACAUCUGGAAUAUCACAUACGCCACCACAGAUAACGUCCUCGCCAGUAGCAGCACCAUCCAACUCCACCAGCAAACCGAAGUCAGUGUGGGUGGAGUGUGGAGGAGACCCUGACUUCCUGGCAAACUGCUUUGAGCGUGACAAGUGUCCUUCCCCUCUCCCAAGGUCUUCAAACGGAGAAAAGGUGGAAGAGGAUGAGGAGGAGGAGGAAGAGACUGCAGCAUUGUUUCUGAACGUGUCAACUGAUGGAGAGCCAGAGGAGGAGGCAGACAGCCUGGAGGAAGAGUCGGACAAACCUCGCUUCACCCUGCAGGAGCUGCGGGACGUCCUGCAGGAGAGGAAUGAACUCAAGGCUCAAGUGUUUGUGCUACAGGAAGAGCUGGCGUAUUACAAAAGUGACGAGUUUGAGGAGUUUGAGGACGUCAGCUCAGUGUUUUGUACUUCAUCUCCUCCAACAUGCUCCAGCUCUACUGAUCAGCCUGAAUCAGGAAUUAGACGCCUGAUCUUCACUGCCAUAAUGCCGAUGGUGGCAGCCGGUUUGAUUGUAGACGACCCCACGUUGUUGCCAAUCAGAAGACUUGUUUCCUUCGUAUGACCUUGAGUUUAAAUUCUUAUUUUAAGAUUUUAUUUCUCCCAACACAGUUUGUUAAUAGAUUUAUUUACAAAAAAAUGGUUUAAGGGCUACAUUACUUAAACUUGAAUCUGUGAUGAAUGAACAACUGUUUUCAUUACUGGUGACUGCUUUUACAAUGCAUUUUAGCUAACUUAGUAUUUAAAAUGUGAGACAAAUGGUCAAAUUUGGGCACUCUCACGUGUAUUUAUGAGUUCCUAGGCUCCAUAAUAAGCUGUGCUUUAUUAGUUGUGAUGCUGCUGUAAUGUCAAAUAGCUUUGCACCCAUGUUUCUGUUUUCAGUUGCCAAAAUGGUGUUACUGCGCUACAUAGUGUGCAGAAUUUGCUUACCAGUUUGACAAGUAGCGCCGGUAAUACUGGAAUAUUCUCCUGAGUAUGAAUUAAGUUGAGCACUUUUAAGUUCUCAAGCAGUCUCUUAUGUAAUUUAUGUUUUCGUGAUAAAAUAUCUGUUUCCAAGGCGCAGUGUUUCCUCUGAUUUCCCACCAAGAGACAUAUUGAGAUCAGCACCAGCAGUAAAUUUCCCACUGAAUGAUGAAAAGAGGAUGUUACUGUAUACUUGCAACACUAAAGUCUAGCACCACACUCUGUGGUUAAACUGGUACAAUCAUGCUGGUGAAAAACCACCAGAAGAAAUCUAUUCCAACAAGAUAAUGAGUACUGUAAAAAUGUGUCAUGCAUCUGAAAAAUCAUGCUUGUUCAUUAUAAAGUAAUAAAGUUUUAUUUUUCA